AUGGAAACCCUACUACCACCCCCAAACCUAGUCCAUUUAUUCACCCUAACCUGCACCGUCUCUCCCCCCCUCGAAAUCGGUCCCGGCCCAUACGGCCGUCGUCGCUGCAUACCCAUAACCUCCGGCACUGUACGAGGGAAGUAUCUCUCGGGGGAGAUUGUUCCGGGAGGGGCGGAUUUUAUGUUAGUAGAGGAGAAUCAGACUACGCAUGUGAAUACCAAUUACGUGAUCAAAUCCCACGACGGGGCGUAUAUAUACGUUCGAACAGAAGGAACACGCUCCGGUCCCCCAGACGUCCUGAGGGCCCUGAUGGAGAGUCCCGACGCGGUAGAUCCUGAUCAAUACUGGUUUCAUUUACAUAUUAAACUGGAGACAGGGCAUGAGAAGUAUCGGUGGAUGAAUAAUCGGGUGGUUGUGGGACGGGCCACGAGGGCGAAGGGGGAGGUGGCGUAUGAUGCGUAUUUUUUGGAGGAUUAA